AUGAACAAUGGCAAUAAAGUCAGUGAUUUACACAUCGUUCCCAUCUCUGAGAGAGUGAUGCAAAUUCCUGGCAGAAGUGGAUCCGCAAAAUUUGAAUUGGUUUUCAAAGCAAAUCUUGAAAAACUUGGUUUCGUUACGUAUUUUAUCAAAAAGUCGAACAAACCUAUUGAUGCAAACAAUCCUAAAGAAGAAAAUACAAAAUCAAACGGAGAAUUGAAAGGAAAAGGAUUUACAAUAAGUUUAGACCAAAAGACAGGAAAUAUUGAAAAGAUUAAAAUGGUUAACGGAAAUGAGUUCCCAUUGAAACAAUCGUUCAAAUUUUAUAAAUCAAAUCAUGACUCGAGUUAUGACUUCUGCUCCGAAGGACAAGCAGUCGAUAUAAGUAGAGAUUCUGUUAAAUUAGAGAAAAUUUAUAGCAAUGGAUCCGUUAGUGAAGUGCAACAGAAAUGGAAUGAUUGGAUAUCACAGACCAUUCGGGUCUAUGAAGACGAAGAAUAUGUGGAAAUCGAUUGGACUGUUGGGCCGAUUCCUGUCGGUGACAAUAUUGGCAAAGAAGUUAUCGUUGUAUUCGAUACUAAUCUACAAAAUAAUAAAGAAUUUUAUACCGACGCUAACGGCAGACAAAAUGUAAAAAGAACCCGAAAUUCACAUAUAAAAGAUUGCGGAAAAUUCAAAGAAUCGAUUUCUGAUAAUUAUUAUCCAAUUUAUGAGAGAAUAUUACUAAAAGAUAGCGCAAAGGGAAUGCAAUUAACAGUAUUGACCGAUAGAGCACAGGGAGGGUCGAGUGAAAUGGACGGCCAAAUAGAGCUUAUGGUUCACAGAAGACUAUUAACUGAUACGCGAACGAGUCUUAACGAGACGGGUGUCGACGGGAAAGGACUGGUCGUCAGCGGAAAGCACUUCAUAUUCUUUAAACCAAUUAAUGAAUCGUCAAAACUGUUUCGCAAUUUGGAUCAAAGAUUAUUCAUGUCUCCAUUGAUUACAUUCUCGCCGUUAACUCAAACUCAAGCCGAAUAUCGGAAUAAAUAUAAGACAUCUUAUUCUGCAUUAAAUCAAGAAUUGCCACAAAAUGUCCAUUUAUUGACAUUAGAAAAGUGGACACAAAAUGAACUGCUCUUACGUUUAGAGCAUUUUUACCAAAAGGAAGACAACAAUGAACUUUCAAAAGACGUCGAAAUAGAUUUGAAAAAUAUGUUUAAAGACAUUAAGAUUAAAGAAGUGAGAGAAAUGACUUUAAGCGCAAAUCAAGAGCUCUCAGAAUCGCAAAAGAGUCGCUUACAGUGGAAAUCCAAAAACCCUUUGAAUGACAUUCAAUUCAAUUCCAACCAACACUUCAAUGAUAUUUCUAAAGUCCAGUUGAGUUCACAACAGAUCCGGACAUUCAUUCUGACCAUUGAAGACAAUACAAAGAAAGUGAAUUGUUCUCUCGAAUGGAUCAAAAUAACGGGAACUAAAAUACCAAAGAAUGCAAUCGUUGGCGGUUUCGAUAUCGACACAAAGCCGUUGUAUAUCUGUAGACAUAAACGUGACGACGAUUUACUCCCCGGAAAGGCUAAUGAAAAUAUAGGAUGUGUUGUAACGAUGGGAGGGAAGGCCUUCUCAACCAAAUCCGAUUAUGAGGUACUGAUCGGACAUAAUUACGAUUGGGUGGAAAGGCAUGGCGGAGACGCUGUGCCCGACCGGGCGUUCAUCGGCGGACACGACUUGAACUCCAAUCCUAUUUAUGUGGGAAAAUGUGAUUUACAUUUCGGCAAAACCGAGACACAAGUUGUCGGCAAAAUUCAUCACAAAUUUUACUACGGAUUUGGAGACACAGAGCGCUCCGACUGUGCAAACCAUAUGGUUAUGUCGCAACUGAACGCGAGUCAAGAGUUACAAGAGAUGGACAACGAGUCGACAUCAGUGGAGACGAUGGACGGCGAGAGGGAUGGGAAGAGGAGGCGGUUGUUUGGGAAGGAGUUGCGGUGUAUGAUGUAUGGCUUCGGCGACGAUCACAACCCCUUCACCGAAGCCGUCGAUAUGCUCGAAGACCUCGUCAUUCAAUUCAUUCAAGACAUUUCACUCAAAGCGCAAGACGUGGGCAAAAAUGGCAAGAUUUCGGUCGAAGAUGUGUUGCAUUGCGUGAAACGCGAUGAGAGAAAGUACUGCAGAGUUCGCGACCUC